UUAUACAGAUUUCUUUAAUAAUUCACCUCAUUUCAUACACACUGUGCAAAUUUAUUAAACCUCUUUUACUGAUCCUUUUUUGCACAUAACACACACAGAUCCAGAUCCAUUACUACUGCUACCACACUCAUACCUCUCCACAACUUCAUUCAGGUGAAUUGUGAUAUAUAUUUAGAAAACGAUGUCGAGACGGCCAGCUAGUUUAUCUAGACGAUUAGGAGAUGGAGCUGGGAUUCCUUUUAUGGGAUCUUUGAAUCCGAAAUCUCGCCCUUCACCGUUGUUAUCCGUUGGGCUUGUAUUAGUGGGAGCUUUUCUGAUAAUCGGUUACGUUUAUAGUGGAUCAGGUGGACGUACUGGUGAUAAAGUUGCUUUCAAUAGGCUUGAAGGCGGUGUUUCAUGCUCAGCAGAAAUAUAUCAAGCAUUACCGUAUCUGAAGAAAGCAUAUGGUGAUAGCAUGCAUAAAGUUUUGCACGUCGGUCCAGAUUCGUGUGCAGUAGUUUCCAAAUUAUCAAAAGAAGAAGAUACAGAAGCUUGGGGUCUGGAACCAUAUGAUUUGGAUGAUAGUGAUGCCAAUUGCAAAAGCCUUAUACGUAAAGGCAUGGUUCGUGUUGCUGAUAUAAAGUUCCCUCUCCCUUAUAAGUCAAAAUCUUUUAAUCUUGUCAUAGUGUCGGAUGCUCUUGACUACUUGUCCCCAAGGUAUCUCAACAAGACUCUUCCGGAAUUGGCUAGAGUAUCUUCAGAAGGAUUUGUAAUUCUUUCUGGUUAUCCGGGUCAGCGUAGAGUUAAAGUUGCUGAGAUGUCUAAGUUUGGUCGCCCUGCAAAACUGCGAAGCUCUUCCUGGUGGAUUCGGUUUUUUGUUCAGACUAAAUUAGAAGAGAAUGAAGUUGCUACUAAAAAGUUCGAGGCGGCUGCAGCCAAGAAGGCAUACCAGUCAACUUGUCAGAUUUUCCAUCUAAAAUCACUCCAUUGAAGCAUUCAGGCACUCCCAAAAGAAGAAAACGGUCAAAUCUUAAAAUAUAAAAAUGAAACACGUGUGCCAUGUUGAUGAGCAGUUGGAAAAAAUUUUGGUGUGGGGGUUAUCAACUCUCAUAUGGGUUUUUUUAGCAUACUGAAGAUGUAUAUUGUUACAAGUCUUAUCUCUUGGUUUUUUUUUUUUUUUUUUGUUUCAUAUUGUUGGAAGAAUGAUGUAAUUUUUGACUGAUUUACUUUCAAAGUAUUACUUCAAAAGUUAUAAGUGAAUUGUAAAACAAAUCUAGUUUGUUAACUUGCUAAUUUACAUAUCUGUAAUGGUAUGAUUGGUAUCCCUUGCUUUCUGCA